AUGGAAACAGUUCGUUUGGAUUUGGGUUGUAAUGUUAGUUAUUGGAAGUGUAUGAAGGGAGGUCAUAUUGUAAAGGCUAUGGGAUUUUUGUUUAUGAGGAAAGUCAUAGCUAUUGAUGGGACAUUUUUGAUGGGAAAGUAUCGUGGAGUGUUGUUGUCUGCCGUGGCACAAGAUUCAGAGAACCAUAUUUUUCCUGUGACAUUUUGUGUAGUAGACAAGGAGUGUGAUGCCGCAUAUGAAUAUUUUUUUGAACAAUUGUCUAGCAUACACCCCGACAGCGUUGAGUUGUGUAUAAUUUCUGAUAGGCACAUAAGCAUAGCAAAUGGGAUCUCAAAAUUUUACCCUCAGGCUCAUCACGGAUUUUGCAUGAGGCACCUUGCUGAAAAUCUUCGCAAAAAAUUUCAUUGCGGAGAUUUGCUUCACCAUUAUUAUUCCGCAGCUAAAGCAUAUAGGAUUGAUGAGUUCAAUGAUCAUUUUCAACAAAUCAAAGAUAACGAUGUAAGAGUUGCCAAAUAUCUUGAGGAGGAUGUUGGGUUUCACAAAUGGAGCAGAGCGCACUUCCCUAGUAACAGGUAUGAUGUAUUGACCACAAAUAUUGAUGAGUCUGUUAACUCAAUGUUUCUACUCGAAAGAGAAUUCCCCAUCACUGCCCUAUUCGAUGCUAUUAAUAGGAGGUUUGCUCAAAAAUUCCAUGAGAGGCGUAUGCAGUUCCUCGACACUCCAACCAUUUGUGUCCCUUCAGUUGAAAAGAAGAUUAAUAAAAAUGCAACAUUUGGCAACAAGCUAUUGGUCCAUCCAAUAAGGCAACAAGUGUUCAGCAUCACCGGUCAUGGUGCGGUUGCAAAGGUUGAUCUACACAACAGAACAUGUUCUUCCAGAGAGUUCGACCUAGACAAAAUACAUUGCCCACAUGCUAUGGCAACCCUUAGAGUUGAGUUUGGUGAUCAAUACGGAACAAGCAUUUAUGACUAUACUUCUGACUUUUAUUAUAUAGACACAUACGUGAAUGCAUAUGUCAUAGAAAUUAAUCCAGUGCCUUCUGAAGAAUGUUGGGAUGUUCCUCCGGAGCUUGUUGAGAGAAAAAUACCUCCACCUUAA